AUGGAUCAACAACAAACAAAACUCGAAACUCAUGAAGAAUUAUUUGGAUCAGCAAAUUCAAGAGAAAUUCAAAUCAAAAAGACUAAAUUUAAACAAUUUGCAAUUACUGUUGCUGGAGGAAAUGGAUAUGGAGAUAGAUUAGAUCAUCUCAGUAAUCCUGAAGGCAUCUUUAUUGAUAAUGAUAAAUCAAUUUAUAUUGCCGAUUCUUUGAAUAAUCGUAUUGUCAAGUGGAAAUUGAAUUCAAAUACUGGUGAAAUCAUCGCAGGUGGAAAUCGAAAAGAAAAUCAAAAUAAUCAAUUGAAUCAUCCAAUAAAUAUAAUAUUUGAUAAAGAAAAUAACUCCUUUAUUAUUUCGGAUUGGGGAAACGAACGUGUAAUUCGAUAUUUUCAUCAAAAUCAAACAAGUCAACAAAUUAUUAUUUCAAAUAUUUAUUGCUUGGGUCUGACAAUUGAUAAAAAUGGAUUUAUUUAUGCUUCUGAUUGGAUCAAUCAUGAAGUAAGACGAUACAAACAAGGAGAUGGUGAAGGUGAAUUAGUUGCAGGUGGAAAUGAUCAAGGCAAUCAACUUAAUCAACUCAAUGGUCCUACUUUUAUCUUUGCUGAUGACGAUUGUUCUCUUUAUAUAUCAGAUUCUUUUAAUCAUCGUGUAAUGAAAUGGGAAAAAGAUGCAAAAGAAGGAAUUAUUGUUGCUGGUGGAAAUGAUGUAGGAGAUAGUCUCAAACAAUUGAAUAGUCCUAGUGGAGUGAUUGUUGAUCAUUUGGGUCAAAUCUAUGUGGCAGAUAUGAAGAAUCAUCGAGUAAUGCGUUGGUGUAAAGGAGAUGAAGAAGGUGAAAUUGUUGUUGGUGAAAAUGGUGAAGGAAGUCAAUUGAAUGGUCCCAGAGAACAUACAAGUGAAUUAAUUACAUUACAAUGGACACGACCACAAAGUGAUGGUAAAAAUCCAGUUCGAGGUUAUUUGGUUGAAAAGAAAGAAAAAGAAACUGAUCAAUGCAUUCUUGUUAAUCGUCAACCAGUUGCAGGUGCUGAAUAUACUGUUGCUGGUCUUGUUGAUGGCAAAGAAUAUGAAUUUUGUGUUGCUGCCGUUAAUAGAGCUAGUCCAGGAGAAUAUGCUAAAGCUAAAGGACCAAUUCAAGCUCGUCCACCUGAUGUUGCUUCACAUGCUGUUGAUUUCAGUGCAUUUACUCUAAAAGAAAUUAUUGUUCGUGCUGGUGAAGAUCUUAAAACUACUGUACCAUUUGUUGGUUCACCUACACCACAAGUUACAUUUGCUAAAAAUGGCGAUGAAAUUAAACCUGAUGGAAAUAAUCAAGUAACUGUGAAAGAUGGUAUUGCUGAACUUAUUGUACCAAAGGUAAAAGGUGGUGAUACUGAUUUAUAUUCAUGUACUUUAAAAAAUCAUCUUGGCCAAGAAACUGUUCAAAUGAAAGUUAUUGUUGUCGAUAAACCAGAUACACCCGAAUGA